AAAAUCAAAACCGACGCUGAAUGUCAUCAGUCUGCAUGACAGCAUCCUGUUACCAUAGACCUCGUAACAAACUAAUCAGUAAUGAUGAUAGGGUAAUGUGGUCCAAAGUCAAACGUCAGCAGACAUUCUGCAUGCGUGCCAGUCGUAGGCACAGUUUUAAAUCGAUAAGCACACAAUUCAGGAUUCCGGCUCAACACCACCUAAUCAAUGCACUUCGUACUGAUAAGAUAUAAUGGCUAUUUACAGUACAGUUUCAAUUAUGUAUAUAUUGCAAAUUUCUCUAUAUGAUCAAUGAAAACAGUAAUGUGUUAUAUUAUUUUUAAUUUUCCUCUCCUUUAAAACCUGCAUUGAACAAAUCCUUAUCAGAUAAUCUCCGCGUGGAUCAUUCUGUGCCGAACACGCAUCAGUAUCGGACGUGUGAUCGGUGAUCGCUCCGAUAGAAUAUAAAACAAAAGACGUGUGAACAAGUGUUGGCAUUGUUUGCCUGGUCGAGUGAAAUAAAUCCGGGUUCAAGGUCGCGCCUUUGUGCAACUGUUUCGCAUCGUGACUACCAGCUGGUGCGUAAGCCGAUUUGGCUGCUGGCUGAAUUGUGCUACAGCAGUGGACGAGACACACAAGAGGAAAAAGAAGAAGCCAUCAGUUGACAGUGAGUUGUAUCGCUGUGUGGAGUGAUCUCACACCUGGCUCGCUGCUGGUGGCUGUUUGGUGCUGCUGUAUUGGUGCUGCUGGCUGUGACGGCUGCAACUUCGAACGAUCGGACAACUAACCUUACUGGGAGGGAGAAGUAAAAAGUGAAGGACGAACUAAAUUGUAGGCCGAACCAUGCUGAACCUGAGCAACACGUGCUAGAUAUUUCGACGCUACCUGAACCAUUGAACACUCUGCGACAAUCACACAACCUUGAAGAUGACGACUGCAGCGGAACACAAAACUGGCGGUCUCAAGCGAGAAAUGGGCUUAAUGUCCGCCAUUAACGUCAUCAUUAGUGUCAUGAUCGGAUCAGGGAUAUUCGUUUCGCCAACAGCCGCUCUUCGAUACUCCGGAAGCGUGGGAUUCUGUUUGAUAAUUUGGAGCGUUUGUGGAGUAAUUUCUUUACUGGGGGCACUAUGCUUUGCCGAGCUGGGAACGAUAGUUCCUCGCUCAGGAGCCGAAUAUGCCUACCUGAUCGAAGCCUUCAGGAAGACACACAAAUUUUGGGGUCCACUACCGUCGUUUAUCUGCGCCUGGGUCUAUGUCAUGGUACUACGACCCGCUGAAAUUGCUGUCAUCAUUCUCACUUUUGCAGAGUAUUCGAUCUUACCUUUCAGUCAUGUGCUUGGAUUAAAUCACCUCUCCGCGGAGGAUCUCCACCGGCUUAUCAAGCUGGUAGGAAUACUAGGAUUAGGUAUUAUCACCUACAUUAAUCUCAGCAGCGUGAAGCUGUACGUUACCAUAAACAACAUCUUCGGAUUUUGUAAGGUCUUCGCCUGUCUUGUCGUUAUUUUUGGUGGUAUCUACCAGCUAGCAAUCGGCAAUACGGACAAUCUCUCCCGUGGCUUCGAGGGAAGUCAUUUUAAUGCAGGAAAUAUUGCGUUGGCUUUCUACAAUGGCUUAUGGGCCUAUGACGGUUGGUCCAGCGUAACAACAAUCACAGAGGAAAUCAAGAAACCUGAAAUCAACAUUCCGCGGUCCAUAGUGAUUGCCGUUCCAAUCAUUACGGGACUAUACGUGUUUAUGAACAUGGCCUACAUGACUGUGUUGUCACCAGAAGAGAUGAUUAAAUCGGAAGCUGUUGGGCUUGACUUCGGUGAAAAGGUUCUAGGUUCCUUCGCAUUCUUAAUCCCACUAGGUGUGGCAUUUGCAACUUUUGGCUGUGCCCUCAGCAUACAAUUCGGAGUCACUCGCCUGUGCUAUGUUGCCAGCCAAGAAGGACAAAUGCUAGAGCCUUUGUCGUACAUUCACAUGCGACGCCUAACUCCUGCCCCAGCCGUGGCAAUGCAAGGCAUCCUAGCCCUGAUGUUCAUUCUUGUCGGCAACAUUGAGGAACUAAUCGAGUUGGCUUCAUUCUUUAUCUGGUUUUUCUACGGAGCCGCUGUACUCGCAUUGCUCACAUUACGGAGGACCCAACCGGAUGUACAUCGGCCUUAUAAAGUUCCAUUAUUUGUACCAAUCAUCACCCUUGCGGUAUCGGUGUUUCUCUCUGUCGUGCCGAUAGUGGCCGAUCCGUCACCAAAGUAUUUUUUCGCCGUUGGAUUUAUCCUAAGCGGAAUUGCUGUGUACACACCGUUCGUUUACUACAACGUACGACCAAAAUGGAUGAAUAAAGUCACCUAUCUUAUCCAGAUGUUAUUCGAAGCCGUGCCCACCUCGGACAAGUCUGAUUAGAGUUUUGCGCUGUACAAACGUUUUGUUUUAAUAAAUAGUGAUAAAACA